AUUCAUAUAAGUUUUUUGUUUGUUUUCAAGUAGAAUGUAAAAAGCAGUUUAAUUGUGUGUAAUUGUUUACACAUACCGGACUUAAAGAUGAAUUAUAGUAACAGCUCUAGCGCUGUGUUUUCAUUUAGGAGACAUUUCUUUAAGUUUCCUCCCUAUUUCGAAACUGUUUUGCGCUACACAGCAUCUGUGAGGCGGGGAGAAAGAGGGGGUUGGGCUUUGCGUUUGGAGGGAACUUGACUGAUUGGUUUAACAGUUUAUCGGACUCCAACCAAUAGUCGACUGACAGACGGGUUUAAAGAUUGAGAACUGCAGCUCGUAAGAUUCAUCUGUCAUUCUCAGAGAUCAAGCAGACGAUCGCAGCAGAAGAAAAUGAGCGGCAGAGGCAAAACCGGCGGUAAGGCGAGAGCUAAGGCCAAGACUCGCUCCUCUAGAGCGGGACUUCAGUUCCCCGUGGGCCGCGUCCACAGGCUCCUCCGUAAAGGCAACUAUGCGGAGCGAGUGGGAGCCGGCGCCCCCGUGUAUCUGGCCGCCGUGCUCGAGUACCUGACCGCCGAGAUCCUCGAGUUGGCCGGAAACGCCGCUCGGGACAACAAGAAGACUCGCAUCAUCCCCCGUCACCUGCAGCUGGCGGUGCGCAACGACGAGGAGCUGAACAAGCUUCUGGGCAGAGUGACCAUCGCUCAGGGCGGCGUGCUGCCCAACAUCCAGGCCGUGCUGCUGCCCAAGAAGACCGAGAAGCCCGCCAAGUCCAAGUAAACGGACGGGACUUCGUCUUCUGUAAACCCAAAGGCUCUUUUAAGAGCCACCCACAUUAUCAAUGAGAGAGCGAC